UCUCUCGGGGACGCGCGUCAGCUUGUGCGGGGCGGAAACAAAACAGCGAAGCGUUCGCAGAACUGCGAGUUCCCGUGCGAUAUGACUAACUCCGCCGGAAUAUCGUGUCGAUCUUUGUACUCUGCUCGUUCCGUAUCUACCAUCUCGUACCAAUUACCGAGGGAGGAGUGUAAACAUCUCUGAAGUCAGGAAGUGGGAUGUGGCCCAGGUGAAAAGCUCGUUAUAUGGUUGCGAGCGUGGGCGCCGUGACUGAUGGCACGCGAUCGGUCACACACAUCAGGAUGACGCGUCGAGGGUAGUGCGAUCAAUAUGUGAUUUUGUGUGUAGACAGUUGUUUAGAGAAAUAAAGAGCCAUUGCAGUGAAGUCUUCGGUCUCAGCAUCAUAAUGGACUCUUCUGUGACGCUGGGGAGGCUGGAGCUCGCGCGCCCGUUGAUGACCCGCGGCUCGUGUUUACCGGAGGGCGCGCAGAGCGCUCACCUGAACGGGUGCGUGCCGCUCUCUCAUCAGGUGGCCGGACACAAGUAUGGCGUUGAUAAAGUGGGUAUCUUGCAACAUCCUGACGGUACGGUCCUGAAACAGCUUCAGCCUCCUCCGAGAGGACCCAGAGAGAUGCAGUUCUACAGCAAUGUGUAUGCGGAUGACCACUGCGACCCCUGUCUUGUAGACCUCCAAGCGCACCUUCCCAAGUACUAUGGCACGUGGUCCUCUCCAGACUCUCCCGCAGACCGGUACCUCAAGCUGGACGAUGUGACGCGCAGGUUUCAGAAGCCGUGCAUCAUGGACGUGAAGAUCGGCCAGAGGAGCUAUGAUCCCUUCGCUUCACAGGAGAAACGGGAACAGCAGAUCAGGAAAUACCCGCUGAUGGAGGACAUCGGCUUCUUGGUUCUGGGGAUGAGGGUGUAUAAAGUUGGCUCGGACAGCUUUGACACCUAUGACCAGCAUUAUGGGAGAGGUCUCUUGAAGGACACGAUCCAAGAAGGUUUAUCCAAGUUCUUCUACAACGGCGAUAUUCUCCGCAAAGACGCCAUCACUGCCAGCAUCAUCAAAGUCCAGAAGAUCCUUCAGUGGUUUGAGGGCCAGAGUCGGUUUCACUUUUAUGCAAGCUCUCUGCUCUUUGUGUACGAGGGCGUCUGCGCGCCCAGCCCCGCUUCUCAGACCCUACGAGAGAGCCAGAUCGCACCCGAGGCCUGUGAGCAGAACAACAACAUCGAUCAGAGCCUGUCCACCAUGUACUCCCUGCACAAGAAAGGCUGCGUCCGGAGCCACUACCAAGCCAAACAGGACAACGGCGUGUGGAGCUCCUCACAGCAGCCCAACGGCAACCGCAGCCUGCCAAGACUGGAAGAGGACCGGGAGGAGGAGAAGAGCCAAGCGGGACAGGAACCGCUCAGUGACGUGGAGGUAAAGAUGAUCGACUUUGCACAUGUCUUCCCUAGUGACGUUCCCGACCAGGGUUACAUCUACGGUCUGAAGAAUCUACUGAAGGUCCUACAUCAGAUUCUGGAGGAGUGAUGAAGUGGUUUGUUGUUGCUGGAGGAGGUAUGAGUUUUGUAGCCACUUUCAUGUCCGUCUACUCGCCUCUUACUAAUCUGCACUACCUACGCCAUCAGUGGAGUAACAUGUUUGUAAUCCUUCGUCUAAUGUAUGUGCUUUAGUCUUUUAAAAGCUUUGUGCAGUUUGUACAAACUUAUCUUACUCUUACUCAGGUAAAUGAAUCUAUAACGCUUGUAUAUUUAUCCCGACAAAAGAAAUUCAAACUGUUGAAACUCUCAUCAUAUUAUGUCUCAGAUAUUACAUUAGUUCCUUUUUCCAGAGCCAUUUCAGGAUUUUUUUCUUUCUUUUUAUUCCUUUCUUUU